AUGGCGCACGUCCUGCACAGCUUCUGGCGACGCCACCGGUGGACGGCCCUGCGCUCCCUGCUCCUCGUCGCUCUGCUCCACCGCCUCCAUUUCUUGGCCUUCCUCGCCGCCUCCUCACCCGUCUGGCUGCUCACCGCCUUCCUUCUCGGUGCCGUCCUCGUCAACAGCGAACCCAACGUCCCCCUCGCAGCGGCAUCAAAGGAUGAGGACCGCCACCUCUACAAGAAGAUCCGCCGCCACCAACCGGUCACGGGGGCCAGCGGCAGCGGCAGCUGCUCUGACGACGACAACGAAUCCUCGGUCACAAGCAUGGAGGACGUCGAAGACGUGGAGGACCACCUCGUCGUAGACAAAGCAGAGGAGGAAGAGGUGCUCAAGGCGGCCGUUGCCUGGACGGCGGACGACGAGCACAGCAUCCAGAGCAUCGGGUCGCUGGAGCUGGAGAGGGACGCCAGGCUGGAGAAGCUCAUGUCCAGGCGCACCACACAUCGGAACCUCAUCGACCUCGACGUCCACAUUCCCGCCGUGAUGGCGCCUAGGACCAAGAACCCCUUCGACCUCCACCACCAUUCUUCUUCUUACUAUGAUGAUGGCCAUGGCGCAGCCACAGCCGCAGCCGCCGCCGCCGCGAUGGACGCUGCCCCCGGCUCCGCCCCGUCGUCCCUGCUCGGCCAGCACACCAACCCCUACGAUGAUAUCCAUAUCCAGCAGCAAAGGGAAAGGGAUAGGGAUCCCGACGAGGAGGACACAGAGGAUGAGAAGAAAGCGGCAAUGCUGAGACGGCACGAGAGCUUCACGGCCGGCGCAGCCCCUCUCGCCCGGCCAUCGCGCUUCAAGCCCUACUUUGUCGCCGACGUCGCGGAGGGAGACGGUGGCGGCAGGGGCGCCGGCAGCGACAACUCCAACUCCAACUCCUCAAGCCCGUCAUCCUCAACGGCCAGCGAUCACCAGACUCAACAAGAAGCCGCAGUCAAAGUAGAAGAGGCACCUGCGGCAUCGACGUCGCCGUGCGCGUGGGACGGCAAAGGGAACAGGAUGGUGAUGGCGGUGGACGUGGAGCUCAUCAGUGACUCCUCUGACGACGACAUGUCGCUGCAGGGUGACGAUGCCACCGGCGGCAGCCUGAACAAUGCUCGUGAUCACUCGGAUGACGACGAGGAGGACUCGUUCGAGGUGGAGAGCAUCACGCAGCAAGUAGCUGCAGGCAAGCAGCAGCUGCAGCCGCCCCGUGUGACUGCUGCUGUUGAGCCCGUGUCGCCUCCAUCAGAGCCGCACCGGCACCAGCAGCAGCACCACGAGGACGACGACAAAAAGGACGCGGGCAUCGUCAGUGGCAGCAACGAGUCUACGCUGGCAUCAGUGGAAGAGAACGAGCAGAGGGAGAGGGAGCUCACCGAGAUCAGGGAGCACCACAUCUUGGGCGCUGUUCCAGUCAUUGACUCAUCCGGCACCUCAGCUGGUGCUCGAGUUGGAGCUGCAGGUGCCGCGGUCGCAGCGGCCCCAACACCACCGGCAACUGCUGCUGCAGGACCACCACCUGUAGCAGCACCACCACAGCCGGCGGCAGCUGCAGCAGCACCAACACCACGGGCAACUGCUGCGGCGGCACCAACACCACCGGCAGCAGCUGCUGCUGCAGGACCACCACCUGUAGCAACACCACCACAACCGGCAGCGGCUGCAGCUGCACCAACACCACGGGCAACUGCUGCGGUAGCAUCAGCACCACCAUCAGGGAAGCUGAGCAGCAAAUCCAAGGUGGCCUCCAAGAAGAUAGACCCCAAGAAGGCUGUCUUCGGCUUCUUCCGAAAAUAG